UCAUCCUUGCAAACAGACAACAACACAACUGAUUUAAUUCAAUCCCUCAAACUUGGAAACCCUUUCUUCUCAUUGCACUCUUUCUAAAACCCCAAAAACCUAAAUAAAAAAAGUUCCACUUUCUCCAUCAAAUCGAUAACAAAGAAAAAUUCAAAUCUUCUCAAUGACCUCAAAGCUAGUCACUUCCAUCCUCCGCCACCAUCUCCCCAAAAAAACAAACCUUCUCCGCCUCCAACCACUUUCCACCGCCACUGCAACAGCGUUCUCCGAGCCUCAAGUCCAUGAAGAAACCUCCGGAAUCACGAUGAAGGGUGUGAAAAUCUCUGGUAGACCUCUUUACCUAGAUGUUCAAGCAACGUCACCGGUUGACCCGCGUGUUCUCGAUGCUAUGCUCCCUUUCAAUAUCUCUCGUUACGGAAACCCUCACUCUCGCACCCAUUUCUAUGGUUGGGAAUCUGAUAACGCCGUUGAACACGCGCGUUCUCAGGUUGCGUCUUUGAUAAGCGCUUCCCCUAAAGAAAUUGUCUUUACCUCGGGUGCUACUGAGUCCAAUAAUAUUUCGAUUAAGGGUGUUAUGCAUUUUUAUAAGGAGAAGAAACGGCAUGUGAUAACUACGCAGACGGAGCAUAAGUGUGUGCUUGAUUCGUGUCGGCAUCUUCAGCAGGAGGGUUUUGAAGUUACUUAUCUUCCGGUUGAGUCGGACGGUUUGGUUGAUUUGGAGAAGCUUAAGGCGGCGAUUAGGCCGGAUACUGGACUUGUUUCUGUGAUGGCGGUGAAUAAUGAGAUUGGUGUUGUUCAACCUAUGGAGGAAAUUGGAAAGAUUUGUAAGGAGUUUAAUGUUCCGUUUCAUACUGAUGCAGCUCAGGCUUUAGGGAAGAUUCCCGUGGAUGUUGAUAAGUGGAAUGUGAGUUUGAUGUCGUUGAGUGGGCAUAAGGUUUAUGGACCGAAAGGGGUUGGAGCGUUGUAUCUUAGGAGGAGACCUAGGAUUCGCGUUGAGCCUCAGAUGAAUGGUGGGGGACAAGAGAGAGGGAUUCGAAGUGGGACUUUGCCUACACCUUUGGUUGUUGGGAUGGGUGCUGCUUGUGAGGUGGCUAUGAAGGAGAUGGAAUAUGAUGAGAAGAGGAUUUCUGCACUGCAGCAGAGGUUGCUGAAUGGGAUUAGAGGUAAACUUGAUGGGGUGGUGGUGAAUGGGAGCAUGGAAAGCCGAUAUGUUGGGAAUCUUAAUUUGUCGUUUGCUUAUGUUGAAGGGGAGAGUUUGCUUAUGGGGUUGAAGGAGGUUGCUGUUUCAAGUGGAAGUGCUUGUACUAGUGCUAGUUUAGAGCCUUCUUAUGUUUUGAGGGCAUUGGGAGUUGAAGAGGAUAUGGCUCAUACUUCUAUUAGAUUCGGUAUUGGGAGGUUCACUACUGAGGAUGAAAUUGACAGGGCGGUUCAGCUCACAGUUACACAAGUCGAGAAGUUGAGGGAAAUGAGUCCGCUUUAUGAAAUGGUGAAGGAAGGAAUCAAUAUCAAGGAUAUUCAAUGGUCACAGCACUGAUUAUUGUAACAGAGUUGCAAGCUCGGAAGCUAAUUGGGAAUGCCUUGGCUUAUUGACGUUAUGGGACAGUAUGGUAUUUUAGAGCAUGUUAUUCUUUCAUGUAUGAAACUUCCAAUUUAUGAUAUACCUUAAAGUACAAAAAUAGCAUUGAGCUUCUUUUGUUUGUUAAGGAGGAUUCAAAAAAUAGUUCAAGCGGGAGCUUUAGUAAUGGUGAGCCUGAGGCUAAAAUUUAUUGUUCUCUGCAGGUGUCCACUGUAUUUUAAAUUAAUGAAACACCUUAAAGCAACUUGUGAACUCAUGUCAGCCAUUUUCUAUUAUGAAUGAAAUCAAAUAAGAACAGAAUCUGUAUUAACACAAAGCAAAAGGGGAAAGAUAAAUCAAAGAAGUCUGGCAUUACCAUUCA